ACAAAAGGAAAUCAGUGGCAUAUAUUGUAACUAGCAGGUUGUGGAUUAGAAGACCCUCUUUCUUUCUCUACAUUCCUUCACUGCCUCUCUUCCAGCUUCUGCAAUCAGCUCUCUUUCACCCUGCUCAUAUGAAUUGUGAAAGCCUUAAUUGAAGAAAGAAGAAAGUAAGUAUACAAGAAAUCAGGCAUCCUCUACAGCUUCAUUCCGGGCUAUAGAAUUCGGUCCAUAGCAUGGCAAGUGCAGGCAGAGCAAUGGGGAUUUCGAGCUUCCCUUCAUCUCCAUCGUCCUUCAUGACGAAUACCAGAACCACUUCUUCAUCUUGCUCCAUCAUUCCAGUGCCGAUGGUUAGCAAGUUGAUGACAGUGAGAAGAACAACCAUCAUCACCUGCUGCUCUGCUGUGCAAGAGUCAUCCACUUCUACUUCUUCCACAGUUGCUGAAGGUAUGAAGAAGGAAGUGAAACCAGUUAAAGAAGAAGCAGCUCCAGCCAAGCCAAAGCCAAAACCAGCAGCUAAAGCUCCUGUAAAGCCAUUGCCUCAGAUGAUGGAAGAGGAUGUGAUCCCUUCAUUGAAAUCAACACUUGAAGUCCAAGAUGACAUCUCUGAACUUCAACUAUCCUUCCAAGACAACACAUUGGAAGGUUCAUUUGUUAAUAAGAGCAUUCCAUAUUCUUUCUGGGCCUUUUUCCCCGACGGAAUCCUCACAGGUGCAAGGGGGUUUUCCAUCUCCUCUUAUGGCCAAGGAGCCAGCACUGUUGAGCCAUUUCUGAUUGACGAGAAGAAAAUCACAGCAAGACAUGUUGUGUUUUGGGUGGAAAAGCGUUUGGCAGCUCAAGGAAUCAUUCCUGUCUGGAAAGAAUAGAUGCAAAUGCCAUUCAUCCAUCGGAAUCAUGUAAUAUAGAUGCAAACCUGCCAAUGAAUGAAAGGAUCUUUA